UCCUCACACAAAUCUCUCACACAAAUCUUGUCAUGAAUGCUAAAAUUAUUACUAGCUUUCAAAAUCGUCUGUAGGCUACUCUCGCUGCUAUGCCUGAUAAUGACUUUACUAUAUUACAUAUUUUUAAGUCUAGACUAGAGCAAUUUGAAAGAAUGUGGAAAACGGGCUUUGCAAAAGUGUAGAGGUGUGUACACCAAGCACACAAUAGGGGAACUGCACACUGACGUUGCAUGAACAACCACGUACUGCACCGAGGGUAGAGAACAGAGGCGAUUAUUUUACAACACCUUGAGCGCGCAGUCACCAGUCUCUCUCUCUCUCUGCAAAGCUGACAACUUCAGGAGCCUUGCUAUUGUUCCAGCAUGUUUUAUAUUCGCCAUUCUGUGUCCAAGCAUAUCGGCCUGGCAAGAGUUUAAUUUGCUGAGCACUUUUGGAAGAUCGUUUUUUAUUUCUCUCUCGGCUGAUGUGACAUUAUCCGUCUGUAAUGAUGUGGACCUCUCAGGACUUUAUUGGAUUCGUUGUAAUGUCUAGUUUAUGUAUACAAUUUGGAUUCUGCUUUGAAGGAAAGUUUACGGAUAUCCCCUCCAAUCUAACGGUAAAAGAAGGUCAAAACAUUGAAAUGGCGUGCGCCUUCCAGAGCGGAACCACGUCAGUUUACUUAGAGAUUCAGUGGUGGUUUAUAAGAGCACCAGAAGAAUCUAGCAACAGCGAGGAGGAGGAUGACGAGGAGAUGGAAGUCAUACCAGAGCCGGAUCCAGACGAUGAAGGGACUAAAAUAAGUACAGUCAAGGUACAGGGAAACGACAUCUCCCACAAACUGCAGAUCUCCCGGGUGGGAAAGAGUGACGAGGGCCUGUACGAGUGCAGAGUCACCAACGCCAACUACGGAGAGCUGCAGGAGUACAAGGUCCAGGCCUACCUGAAGGUGAACAGCACCCGGCCCCGCAUCAGGCUGGCCAAGAAGACAUCCCCCUUGUCCCACCUGACAGCAGAUAAGAAGCCACGCAAGACAGGCGCCACAGCAGCACAAGACAGCAUGAGCCCCGACCUGAGGGUUCGCUCUACCUCCAGCUCUCAGACAUCAUCAGCCAAGACAAUCAAACAGAGUUCAGGCACGAGGAUAGCUACAAGCUUUGGACUUGCCAUCCUGAUUCUUGCCUGUGGCUUCAUGAGGGAUACCUUGCUAUAGUUUCAAGGACUGACUUUUCCUCCGAGUAUCAUUCCCUCUUCUCGAAACGAAGGAGAAAAUGGCCUGUUAUUACCACCAAGCGGACGACACAGUUGGCCCUAAUUUUCCACUACUCUGCACCCAAUGCAUUCUUAUUCCUCAUUGUACACAAGAGGCACCUUCUCAAAGGCCACCAGCGGGAUUACCUGUUGUGCCGACGUUUCUUCAAUGCACCCAACAAUCGAAAAACAAAAUGGAAACUGACAUUGGCUCCUUGGAAUAUCUUUCACAGACCUUUAUUUUGGGUUUCCUGCAGUGAAUCUAUUGUGUCAAUGCUUAAAAGUUAAAAAAAAAGUUUAAAAAAUUUAAAAAAUCUAUAUUUGUGUAUAUAUAAUAUCAGUAUAUAUAAUUGUUUUAUUUCAAACAUCUGGAACUGUUGUAUAGCUUACAUUCGCUAUGUUUUCACUUAUGAAACAACAUCGUGCAAGGCUAUUCAUAGUCCUCUUAGAACAAAAGAGUUAGUCAAAUACAACAACAUGAUGUAGAGGCCUAGUCGGAUUGCUAAAUGAGGGCAACUCGACAAUGAAUUAUUUUAUCGUCCCAUAAUGUGUGUAACUUGCAAAUACAGUUCUUGACCGUUGUUAUUACAGAUCACUUCUCAUUGAUGCUUCUUUUCUUUUUACACGGUAUUUCUUCUGUUUACAAUUAUACUUCUUUUCCUUCCCUUAUCAUUUCCUAUUAUGAUUCAUGAACAUGUCAAUGUUCAUAAUGUGACCGUGCCAGCAGACUAUUCAUUUAAAUUGGCCUGCACUAAUAUUGUACAAAGCCAUUAAUAGUCAUGCUUCACGCACAGUGCAGCUCUCCUAUUUAAAUGUUCUACCAUCACUGAAAACAAAGGACUGAGUAUCAAGGUACUGCUGUAGCCUACUGUUCAGGGACACUAUCUUUAUGUAAAGAAUCUUACAUUAGCCAAGAAGACAUCGUAUACCGUUCGAUGGUGCAAUGAUUUCCCCCAAUGAUACCUAGAUGAUACGAUACGUAAAGGACGUAGAAAGACUCUAUGGGUCUUGUGAUUAAGGAAACGGUUUUAAAUCGCUCUCGCUCUUAUCCCUUCACUAUGUUCAUUGACACAACGCUUUGACAAUCCGACCUCUUGAUUCAGAACACGUUAGCAGACGUCGUGGAUUUUACCGUUAUACAAAACUGUUAAUAGAAAUGGGAGCUUUCUAAGUGUCUCUGCAUUGUUCCCAUAGACAUUCACCACUUUGAAUAAUUUCCAUUAACUAAAUGGAUGCAUCGAUGUUAUGUCGCAUUGUUGUUACGUAAAGUGACAACUGGACAUAUUCCCCCAUAAAUACAGAUGCUGGAUCUUAAUUUGAGCCAGUUUGCUACAGCAGGAAAAUAAUCCCUCAGCAGCAGGAAAUUAGAAUUAUUAUGUGGUUUAUAGUUAAUGGACAUUUUUAAAGUGUAAAAUAUACAUUUCUGAAUCUUUUUAAAACCUUACUACAAGUAGUAAAUUCCCCUGCUACAGGGUGAUCACAUUAAGAUCAUACAUCUGUACUGUUUGAAUGGGUGGAACUGUUCAUUGAUGCGGUAGCAAUGCUUCAGAUCUGCCAUUCAGUUUAGUUGAAGAGGGUAGCCAAAGACUGAAGAGAGUCUCCAUUGUAAAAAUGUAUCAUGCAACCAAAGACAUUGGCUAUGGCCAUACAAUAUGGCGUUCACCAACAUUGGUCUCUUUGCUCAUACUGUAUCCUAGUGCUCUCACAUAUUGUUCCAAUUUAUUUCCAAUCUGGGCUUACCCAGAUUCACAACACAACAUUUGUCCAUUUCUUCAAAUCUUGUUUAAAAUAAUGACUUACUGAGAUGGAAUAAUUCUUAUUAUUGGAAGUACCUACAAAUUCCAUGGGCCACGAGGAAGCACCAUUUUGCUGAAAGUCUCAAUAGGCUUUUCCCCACAGUUAACAUAGUCCCGUCUGCCAUACACAGCACUGCUGAGAUCAGUGAGAGGAUCUAAACUAGGGUUUCCCAAACUGGGUGCACAUUUGGAUUCUUGUCCCUAGCACUACACAGCUGAUUUGAAUAAUCGACUAAUCAUCCAGGUGCACCCCUUGGGGUCCCGAGGAACAAGUUUGGGAAAGACUGAUCUAAACCUGUUGAUUCAGCAAUUGGAGUUAGCUGACAGAGCAUACCGCAGGAUCCACCUAGAGACAUAUCCUGAUCAGCAAGUAUUGUCAGGGUACAAGAUGUGUGGGCGAUAUAUUUCAUCUGCACCGUUCCAGUGGUGCCAGGAUGACAAAACUCAGUCUAGCAAGGCUGUGUCAUGCCACUCAACCUCAAAUCGAUACUAGGCUAGAUUCCAUUGAGUAAAGUAACAUCAUAACUAUUUAAAUUAAUCCUAAAUGUUCCGUUUUGAAAAAGAAUAGUUGACAUCUGCUAGUAGAAUGUUUAUACCAUACAAGUUCUCUAGCCAGGGACUGGUGAAAUGGAUAGCAUAUUUGUGUGCACAGUUAAAGUGACGCUCCAGAGCUUUUGUAUCAUUUCAGCCAGUCGUUUUUGAAAAUAGUGUUCAAGAGCCAAAACGGGUCCCCGAAAACUGUGCACAGUUGUGUACUAUGUCAUCCAUUUCUUAUGAUGUUACGUUGUGUAAAAAUAUUUAAUUUAGUUUUGCAAUUCAGAUGAAUAUGUUAUGAAUUUGUAAGUGCUUAAGAUCCCGAACUGCAUCUUUAAAUGAAUGCCUUCAGUUUGUCAAAUCCCUGUAUAAAAUUUAAAUAAAAAAAAUCUGUAAAACUUGUAAAGUAAAUAAUCAGCAUGUAACCUUUUUUAAUCAAAAUGUCUAAAAGCAGAGACAAGUGACGUUCUGUAUUUGUAACAAUGUUGUCAUUUAUUCAUUUGCUAACAACAGGAAAUGGAAUUACGCAAUUCUUUAAAAAAACUUUAUUGACAGUUGGAUUCACCAUCAGUUACGGAGGACCUCUUCCAAUGGCAACUUACCUGUUGCACGGCCUACAGUACUUCAACUCACUGCAUUUUGUCAACAAGAAAUGGAACCAUUUCAAAGUAUUAUGGGUCAAGCAAAGUGAAUAUAUUUAAUUUGAAGGAUUGACAACAGUCGUUUAUUAAGGUAAUUGCAAAGUCUGACAAUUGUAGUGGCUUACAAGCAACAAAGUCUCAGCCAUCAAACAAGAUAUGGACAAUCCCACCCUGAAGGAAUUACGAUGAGACUCAGAUUUUUUUAAACUUUAAAAUGUUUGCCAAACAAAAUCCAAUUGAUAUCAAAGUUUAAGAAACCACAAUGACUACUUUUAACAAUUUACAUUCAAAACUUGACCUUAAUACAUUUACUUAAAGAACAGUGCUGAUGCAAAGUAACUGGAUGACGGUUUGUUCUGUUGGUGCUGUCAUUUAGUACCCAAACUUUGCAUCGCCACUGUUCUUCAAGUAAAUGUGUUUUUGUCAAAUUUCUGUGUAAAUUGUUAAAAGAAGUUAUUGUGCAUAGAGUUGUUUUUAUUUUAGUAGGCAAGUCAGUUAAUUAAGAACAAAUUCAAAUUUUCAAUGACGGCCUAACUCGGUCAAACCCUCCCCUAAUUGUGCACCGCCCUAAGGCACUCCCGAUCACGGCCAGUUGUGAUACAGCCCGGGAUCGAACCAGGGUCUGUAGUGACGCUUCUAGCACCGCUGCGCCACUCUGGAGCCCACUUUGGGAGUUGUAUGGUGUGUUAAACUAUGAAAUCAAUUGGAUUUGGUUUGGCAUACAUUUUUUUAAGUAAAAACAAUCUUGAGUCUCAGUCUCAUUCCGUUACCGGGGAAUUUUCCGUACAACGCAAUGACAAUUGAGUAGCACUAUCAGUUUCUGUUUCUUUUUUCUGAUCCAUUGUUUCAGCUCCACAUAGAUGUAUUGUCUCCUUAUCAUGAUUCAUCUCCAUGCAGUCUUGUCUGUUUGUUGAGCCGUCAAAAAUGUUAUGAACUGUAAUUUUAUUUUGAUCUGGUAGUGUGUGUGAAGCUUCUGUACUGGAACGUUGACACAGUUUGUAUUGUAAUGAUGAUAUCAGAAUAAUAUUUAAAUAAAUCAUUUUCACAGACUGGAUUGAAACACUG